GAGCUCUCACAUCCAUCUUUGGCUAGCUAAACCUCUGUGCCGCUCUUUAGUUCCUGUAAUAAACUCGUCCACCAACACCAGCAGAUGAUAACCCGCUGCCCGCUGCGAACGCGUGUCUGUGGCAUGUCGCCCUCCCGAAGUGGAGAAAGGAAACCCUCUUGAAUGCAUUUUCUUCCUUCUUUUUCUCUUCCUUUCCCACCACUUUCGCUUCCUGUAUCUGAUUUUCUGCCUCUUGAGCUUGUAACGCCACCUAAAUAGGUGGAAAUUUCCUUUACCGCGUGUCAAUUGUCACCCGAAAGUGUGUGUAGUCCCGUUCGUUUCCAACAAGAAAACGGCGAGGCUUCUUGGUUCUUCCAAAAGUUUGCUUUGUGGUUCUCAAUUCUGCAAACUUGUCUGUUUUUCCCCUUCCAUUUUGAUUGGUCUGAAGGUGUUUAUGGACGUUCUUCGGUCUAAAUUACGAUUCUCGGAAACGCUUCGUAGACGGCCCGAUUCCAGAAACAACCGCCUCGGGUAGCGAAGGGCUGUCUGUGUUUUUCGUCUGCUGUUUCCGCGUUUUUCGACCACCAGAACCGACACCGUGGAACAGGGUGCUUUUCUGUGCAAAGCUGGUUUCCAGUCUUCAGAAGAAAAACAGGGUGGGGCUUCGCUCUCAGUGAAUCAGGUAAUUUUGAUGCCUGGUGUCUUGGCAUCGACGAUCCAGUCUGCGGUUCUGUCGGUGUGUUUUCCAUCCAACGAGAGCGUUGCCUUCUUCCGAACCAAGCUGCGGCCGUCUAAAUCUCUGCGUCAGCUACGGUUGGUUGAUUCUCAGCUGCUCUCAGAGCCGUCUCCCAUUUCAAUCAAAGCCGUGUUGAACAGUUCUGGGUCUUCCGCGAGCGCAAAAUGCCGGUCUUUCUCAAUCCACCCCCGUGUUCUCACUCCUCUAACGCCCACUCGCCGUCUCCAGCUCUUACUCUGGUGUUCCCUCUGUGACGUCUCUCUGCAGCCUGUAAUCGUUCUUCUCCAUUGUCUCUCUUUUCCUUGUUUGCGUCGUCCCUCUCUCGGCACCGGCAGGGAGCUCCGGCCCGCGUCGUCUCCUCGCGGGCACUCAACUAGUGUUCCGAGAAGAGAGCCUCGAGCGUUGCCUCGUCCUUGUUUCUGCCCAUCGGGGAGCACCCCACCCCUUCCAUGUUAUGACAAAGAAGCUGUUAGAGUCGUCUCCCGCCGGUACGGACCAUGAAGCCGGCGCCCACGCACGGUUCCCACAUUGCGACGAGGAAGGCGGAAGGCAAGCCAAGGAGCAACGGAUUUAGGUCUGGUCGCAGAGCGAGGCGGAACACACAGUCCGAGGCGGACUCUGCAGCAUCGCUUAUUUUUGCUUCGCCUCCCUCUCAUUUCUCGUGUUUCGCUGUUCCUCCCGCAGAGUUCCCGCUCCCCAGCCACUUCUCGCCUUUUCUCCCUUCUCUCCCGUCAAAACUCGGGUGUCUGUCCCACCCCUCUAUGUGCGCUGCUCCGCCUCCUCCAGGUCGCAACGACCCCACUUGGUGUUUCUUCCCAGGCUAUGCGCCGCAGUCUCUGACGCUGUUUGCAGGGCCUGGCGCUCCCAGUCUCGCUCAGCGUUCCGUGACUCGAGCGACGGGACCUCGGCAGGCGGAGGCAGUGCACAGCUUCAGUCGAUGCGGCUCGAAGACAGAGGCUCAGGCGGGAGAACCAGCCUCUUGUCUCCGUUCCUCCUCUGGGACAUGUGAGGCGAUGUCAGAAGGUGGGGUUUCUGUGUCUCUUGAUCUCGCACGGGAUCGGGAGCUCGCGCAAAUUGCCGACGCGUGCGAGGUUCUGGGCAGGCAAGAAAGGCAUCUGUCUAGGGCGGCAUUCCGCAGCGACACGGCACCUAAGCACUUGAACAGGAGAUGGGGAAGGCACAGCGAGGGAUACAGAGACGGGGUCCCAUCUGCGUGUGGCGCUCGUCUACUCUUCAACGCAGACGAAGCGCCGGACCCCUUCCAGCCUGAGGGCUCUAGAGGCUACGGAGAGCGGCGACAAGCUGGACACAGUCCAACCUGCUUCCCUCCUUACUCUGUGAGAGGGGGAGAGAAGCGAGAGACCAUGCAUUGCGUAGUAGCGAGCCGUGGAGCUCCGGAACACGGUAAACGUCAGCACCGCGCGACCUCUGUUCCGGGAGACGGAAGAAGCAGCAGCCUAGAGGAACGCCUUGUUACCAUUCCUGUCGGCCCGACGCUGGAAGUUGCGAAGUCAGGGGACGCGGAACAUUCCCCACAUUUGUUCGUCUCAGAAGAAAUCAAGCGGAACUCUUCUUCCUCUUCUUCUUCAGGAGUCUCUCCUCAUCGUAUGUGUUCUUCCCAUCCAUCUGAUCCAAGCCCUGUUGAUGUGACUCUUGCUCUCGAAAGUAUUGCUCGGCGUGCACGGUCGUGUCCGUCUUCUCCUGUUUCUCUCAAGUUGUCUGCUCUGUUUAUUUCCACUGCGUCGUCUUUGUCUCCUACGGCAACGCAACGUCCUUCUUCCUCUUCUCAGUGUUCCCCUCCGCCCUCGUCGUCUUCGCUGUCCACGGAAGGUGCAGACGGGGACGAGGCCUUUCGCCCGCUCCGCCUUCAGUCUCGCUCGGGGUCGCCGCCAGUUGCGCCAGAAGAGGGGUCAUGGCACUAUCGCCGUUGUCCAAAUCCAGUGUCCUGGCUAAGUCGGCAAAUCAAUUCCACGCUUCGAGUUUCAAGGGUGUCGGAGCUGGAUAAAUCGCAGAGAAAAGAGGGUCACUCUCUUAGUCCGCAUGCAUCCUUCCCGCGUUCUGGUUCCUCGACGUCGAGACCUGCAAAGGCGAAGGUGAACGGGUGCGAGUCUCCGAAGCAACCCGUGGCGAGGUUCACGAAGAACUGGGUGGUGCCUCCCAGCUUGUUCUGUAAAACAUCCUGCAGUCUGUCUGCUGAAGGUCUCUGUCCGCCGUGCUGCUCUGUCGCGUCUUCUGCAUCAGGUUGCCUCGACUCUUCUGUCGCCAUCCCUUUCUCUCUCUCCUCCUCGGUGGGCGCGUCCCAGUCAACGGCGGUCGGCAGGCUAGUUGUCUCUUCGCUUCUUGCGGAAGGCGCACCCAGAACGCGGGGUAAUGGUAUGCAGCAGGAAAGUGAAACGGGAAACCCAGGGGGCUCUGCAGAUGGGCUGUCUUCGCCCUCCGAAAUUAUCUCGGAUUCACCUCGUUCUCCGUCGGAACAUGACACAAACGCUCACUUUUUCCGCCACGAAUCUCACUUCCCUUCUCUGUUUUUGGAAGCAAAAAGCGGGCCUCGAGCCGAACCUUCAGUGCCCAUUGAAGACGGGAGUCAAUGUGGGACAGAAAAAGAAUGCAGGCAACUGGGUUUUCUGGAUUUACCUGGCCGGAUGAACCCCGAUUCCCCGUGUGUCUGCGCAGCGUGUGGAUCUCGCCCGUUCUCGAAUUUCAAGAGAAACGAAGCGCAGGCCAGCGACAGAGAACAAACGGGCCGAAAAGAUGCGAAGCAGCUUGAACAAGAGGUGAGACGCGAUUCAGCACACUGCGCGAAACAGGAAGGAACAAACGGAGCACGCGCAACCGUUUUGAAAAGGACUCCUCCGCGUCUUUGCUGCUCCUUGACCAACUCCGUUCCGGCCCAAGCUUAUGCAGGAGAUGUGUUUACCCAUGAGCAAAUGGAAAACGUUGACUUGGCAUUCAAGACUUCACACGAAUCGGCGGGAGCGUCGCCUUGUGUGUGGCAACAAAGAGAGAACGAGGCAGAGAAUACACGGAGAAGACCUUCGUUGGUAUAUCCGUCUCAGAGACCUCUUGCCGAGACGAAGGGGGAAGGCAAGUGCCUUCCGAGUCUCUCAAACGCUCAGAAGAAGAGAGACACCCUGGAUAACCCAGUGAGGAACAGUGAAGAGAAGGCGGAGAGGGAGAACGAAGAAAGGGAAAAGGUCUCAGGUAUCGACUCCGCUGAAUGGGUUUUAGAACGAAACAGUUUCACUCAUGGAAGAGAAGAAGCGCACAAGCGAGAGGGCAGACACUGGAAAGAGGAAGGUCAACGACAGGAGAAGGGUCGUCGAAAAUGUCCGGACUUCCUAUCGCGAGGGUCUGAGAGAUAUAGAGACGAGGAAAAAGAAGGCAACUCUGUGUCUUCAAGGCGUUUCUUGCCGGGGAGACUGCGGCCGAAGACCAAAUGGAAGGCGUUUUCUUCCUCUUCUCCACGUCCUGCUCUGUCUUCUUUGCCUUCCGCUGGGCCUUUCUUACCGUCUGCUCUACCCCCUUAUUCGUGUCUUCUUCCUUUCUCUCAUCCGUCAUUUUGUCCUUCCGCUCGUGUGUCACCUUGUUCACCUUCCGGUGUGUCAUCCCCGCUUCACCAGAGUGCGUCAAGGGAAGGAGUUCGAGACGUCGGUUGUCAGUUUUUUCUUUCUGUCACCUUGCCACUGCCGUGCACCCUUCUACCGGAGGACGUUGCGGCAAGUGUAGAGAGAGUCGAGAGGAAGGAGGACCGAACAGGGGAAGAUGGAGUGUCCAAACAUGUCGCUACUCCGGAUCUGCCAUCUUUGGCUACGUUUGUGGCUGGCGAGCCGAGUUCUUUCCUGCGAACUCAAGGACAGAGAGAACAGGAAGGUCCAGCAGAAGACGCGGGAACGGACACGGAACAAAGCGGAAAGUUUCUCGGAGAAAUAGGUCGAGCACAAGAGAAGCAGGUGGAGGAGCAGAGCCAAGAGGAGGGUGAGGGGGAGAGAGGGGCAGGAGAGUGCGAAGCGGAAAAAGAGCAAAAGCACGAGAGAAGAAAGGAAUGGUCAGGAACCACCGGAGAAACGAGGGAUGAGCGAGAACCUCCACGAGGGCGCAGGAACCCGAAAAAUAGAGAGGAACAGGGAAACGCGUCUGCAUUCUCUUGUCCACGUCUGCAGCAGAACGGGGCGGUUGUCAUGGUUCAGGCUCUCUACGACUUGAGUCAAGAGCAUCUCCUCCUCCCCGCUUAUCACGUGUACGAUAAGUCUGGCGUUUUCCAAGGACUCCUGCCGUUUGCAGCCUUCAUGAAGACCCAAAGUCGCUCGUGUUUCAACUCGAUGCCUGGUGCGAAUGGACACAUGAAGCAAGAAAGAGCGAACCAAGAGGGGCGAGAGAAGUCGGCGGGCAGACACCCGAAGAACAAGGCACCGGGGCCGGCAGAUCAGUGCUCAGAUAGUAUCGAAGUGCCACCGAAAGAUCGUCGCCGCCAAGAGAGGGCAAGUUUUACGGGGAUCGGGACGGAGUGUAGGGUCAGUAGGAGUGGAAGAAAGAAAAGAAUAGCCGAACAGAACGAACGGGAGGAGAGCAACGAAGCCUUUUUUCAGCAAACCAUCGUGACACCUCUCCCGGUACUUUCUCUGCGGCAACUUGAAUCUCUCCAUAGCGCCGUAGCUCGAAUGUAUGGAAGCGAGGCGAGCAAUAAGGGUCUCCUUUGCGCCCCCCGAAAGCAACUCCUGUCAUAUAGCUCUCCGCUCUUAUGUUCUUCCCCCUCUAUUUCCUCUCCGGGUCCUGUCUGUUCUCCGCGCGGCUGCUCUGCUCGAAUGUCUUCUGCGUAUGCGGCCCCUUUCCAGUGGCCGCUCCUGUCUUGUACCUCUUCAGAUUCCUACUCCUCCCCAAGGUUUUCUUGUUCUUCCUCUCCUCCGGAUUCGGCGUCAGUCGCUGCCGGGCAUUUCCGCGUUCGUCUUGGCGCGGGCGAAAAUGGUGGGGGAGGCUUGCAGCUAGUUGGCCGGCAGGAGGUGGUAGCGGCUGUUCGGGGAGGCACAGGAGAAUGCACGAAGAAAGACCGCCAUGAGGCAGAGGAGAGAAGACGGUUUGACGGGGAGACGGUCGAGGUGGAGAAGGACGCGCAGCGACCUGUCGGAAGUGGUAGGAUGAGAAAGAGACGGAGAAGAAGGAAAGAGAGUAGGGCUGGCGAGUGCGCAGAUUCAGCUGAGAACGCAAGAGCGUGUACAGAAGGACAAAGCGAGAAGGCAGAGAAAGAUGCGGAGGAAAGCAACGGCCCUCCACAUCCAAAACGAGCAGAACUGAAGGCGCUCCGGGGGGUUUUCGCCGCCCUCUGUUAUAUGGCCUCAGCCCUAAGGCAUGAACCAGAGAAGGACGAGAAGUGCAAGUCAGAUUCCGCCAGUCCCAGCCUUCUCGACAGCACACAGAGCACAAGUACAAUCAGCGGCCCCAUUGAAAAUAUCGCUUAGAGAUACGACGCUUUGCGAUUACAGCCUAAAAUCGUGACUAUAUGUAAAUACAUGGAUUUGGAAGGGUCAUUUGUCUAGCAGGAGCCUCGGCGACGUUACCACAAGAACUAGCAGUGAUAUCUGAACCUCAAUGAGUGCAGAGCGAUGGAGCACUUCUUUUCUGCCAAAAGCUGCUGCUCAAUGAAGGAAACAGACAUACUGUGUAGUGCCUAAGCUACAUAAAGUCGUUGCUGUCGAGUGUGCAAGGUGGCUGACUACCGGCCAGGGACAGCUCUCGAUGAAACAAUGCUGGGAUAACAACAUGGGGUUCGUUGAAAAGCUGCCAAUGUUGUUUUCGGCAGGAAGAAUGAUGGUUUUCUGGAAGCAUGUGAAACGUUUGAACACUGCCAUGUCAUCUUUCCGCUAAAGGAACUGCUAAAGAAGCAAAAUAAUUACCGUUUUCCGGCUUGCCGAGGCAAAAUCGGCUGGUGGGGAUACGUGGGGAUAUGCAUCCCAUUACCACAUAUUUAGUGGAAUUGUUUCUUGAUUCGAAUUGGGAAAUAUCUCUGUACGACGUCGGAGCAGGGAGACGGCGGAGUGUUCAGAAGGGUGGAACGCUCCGCACGGCAUCGUUUUAGUGUGUCUGCGUAAGAGGGAAAUGUAGAGGAUCCAUAUCCUAUGAGUAUUUUGAAGGUCUCUAUUAAUUCAUGAUAGCUGUGAGAUGAAUGGAGAAAAGCGUUUUGGGUAGGGUAAGUGUCUGAGAGUUGUGCGGGGGAACAGGCCAUGCGGGAAAGCAAGCUCUUGCUGGAUUCUGCAGGAUUUCUGAGAUGACUUCCCUUUUUUCUUAGCGACUAUAUUUGUUUUCUAGCGUUGUUUGCCGGGCUCUCCUAGUGACUGCCUCUGAAGCCGUCACGGAUGAGAGCAUUUGAAAAGGCAAACCUGGUAGUCAUCCGGUAGCAAGGAUCCCUGUAUAUUUUUUUCGAAGUCAGAGACAUUGCCAGAUUAAAGCAGCUUUCCUGUCCUGUUUGCAGUCUUUGAAGUGCAGGAUUUUGGGUUGUUGCAAGAGAGGCAUAGAUUCUGUCGACGUAGGCAGUUGGUCUCUCGUGUUUGUCCAUUCCAUGGUGUCUGUCUAAAGGCGUAAGUGUGCUUGUUCCCCUGGGAGACUACAGCUUAAACUUGUCACGUAUGUCGAACAACAGUUGGAAGGAUGUGCUGUGUUGAUGGGGGCUUGAUAAAGUCGAGUUCGAAGAAACUUUACCCUUUUCAAUAUUGUCGAGUUGAUUAACAAUCCUAUACAGGUAAGAUAUGUGGAUCUGUCGCCCGUCUUAGUAGAUCCCUUGGUUUUUCGGG